AUGCCACAAGAUCCGCACUUGUACGGGCAACCGCCGCCCAAAAAGCAGAAGAAGGAGAUGCCGCUGUCGGGGUCUCUUGCCUUCGCCUCACAACUGAGCUCCUUGCUUGCCACAUCCUUUGCCAACCCACCAGCAGGGGACUCGUCCGCGGCAACCACUACCGGCCGGACUCGCCCGUCGAAGUUGAAGACAGAUGAGCUCUCCAAGACCAAAAUCAAGCGCAAAGACGCCAACACCGAAGCUAAAGAGAGCAAGAAGCUUGCCCUCAAAUCCCCCGUUGGUACCGAAGAGAGCAAAGCCGAGCGCGAAUUCAUCCGCCGCAGGAUGGAGUCCAAAGCCCGUCUGUACGCCGCCAUGCAACGCGGCGACUACAUUGGCCGGGAAAUAGGCCUCGUGGACUUUGACCGCAAAUGGGCCGAAUCCCAAUCCAACAAGAACAACCCCGACGCCCCAUCUUCGUCCUCCUCAGACUCAGACUCAGAACCCGAAGCCGAACCGAACAUCGACACCACCCUGCACGAGUACACCGACGAGUUCGGGCGCGUGCGCCACCUCACGCGCGCGCAGAUCCUCCGGCUCGAGCGGCGCGCCGCCCGCGCCGCCGCCUCGACCACCGAGCUCGAGCACAUGUCGGCGCGGCCCAAGGCGCCGGCCGAGCUGAUCCACGGCGACGCGGUGCAGACCGAGGCCUUCACGGCGCGCGACGGGCUCGACGCGAUGGAGGCGCUGGCGCGCAAGCGCGACCGCAGCCCCACGCCGCCCGAGGCCACGCACUACGAUGCGGACCGGGAGAUCCGCACCAAGGGCGUCGGGUUCUACAAGUUCUCGCGUGAGGAGGAGAAGCGGGAGGAGGAGAUGAAGGCGUUGGAGGAGGAGCGGAAGCGGACGGAGGAGGUGAGGAAGAAGAGGGAGGAGGAGGCGGCGAGGAGAAAGCGGGAGAUUGAGGCGCGGAGGAGGGAGAUCGGUGAGCGGAGGGCGAAGAAGAUGACAGAGACCUUUCUGGAGGGGUUAGAGAAAGACUUAGCCGGGACUGGUGGUUGA